CUCCUGAGUGGAGCAGAGUUUAAACCAGUGACAGGAGGAGACGUCUGUGAACAUCACACAUCAGGCUCCACAGUCAGGACACAAGGAUAAACAAACUAGUCCAUGUUUUUGUGAGAGGCCGUCGGGUUGCUGUAGAAGUUGUUGUUGUUGAAUGUUUGAAUCCGACCGGUUCUGUCAACUGCCCCCAUGGAGAGGUUGAAGUCAAACGGAGGGGAACACGUUAACCCCGCUUAUGAUGCCACCCUGGACGAACCUUCGUAUCAAAACGAACACCGGACGGUCAGACCCUCAGUGGUCAGCGCCUUCGGUCAUGACACUUUGGAUCGAGUGCCCAACAUUGAUUUCUAUCGCAAUGAAGGCACGCUGAGCGGUCACCGCGCCGUGAGGCCGUCCCUGCAGGAGAUCCACGAUGUGUUCCAGAAGAAUGGAGCGAUAUCGGUGCCAGACACUGUGGAGGACGAUGACGAGGGCAGUGAGGGGGCACCCUCGGAGGAUAUGGAGUCAGCCCCUCCCCCCAAAAAAAAGGCGUCAGAAGCAGUAAAGUUCGGGUGGAUACGAGGUGUCCUGGUCAGAUGCAUGCUGAACAUCUGGGGGGUCAUGUUGUUCAUCCGCCUGUCCUGGGUGUUCGGUCAGGCGGGCUGGGGUCUGGGGAUCGUGGUCAUUCUUCUCAGCUGUGUGGUCACCACCAUCACUGGUCUUUCCAUGUCGGCCAUCUGUACCAAUGGUGUGGUCCGAGGAGGGGGGGCCUACUACCUGAUAUCCCGCAGUCUGGGCCCUGAGUUUGGAGGUUCCAUUGGUCUCAUUUUUGCCUUUGCCAACGCCGUGGCCGUGGCCAUGUACGUGGUUGGCUUCGCUGAGACUGUGAUUGAGCUGCUGAAGGAGAAUAACGCCAUCAUGGUGGACGAACUAAACGACAUCCGUAUCGUUGGCUGCAUCACCGUGGUGCUGCUGUUGGGAAUUUCAGUGGCAGGAAUGGAAUGGGAAGCCAAGGCACAGCUCGUCCUACUGGUCAUCCUGUUGGCUGCCAUCGUAAAUGUCUUUGUGGGAACUGUCAUUCCCGCAACCGAGAAGAAGCAAUCCGAAGGCUUCUUCAACUAUAACUCAAAAAUAUUCCUAGAGAAUUUCACCCCGGACUUCAGAGGAACGGAGUCGUUCUUUUCUGUCUUUUCCAUCUUCUUCCCUGCGGCCACUGGGAUCUUGGCUGGAGCCAACAUUUCUGGCGACUUGCGGGAUCCCCAAAAGGCCAUACCACAGGGAACCCUGCUGGCCAUCCUAAUCACCGGGAUCACCUACCUCGGUGUCGCCCUCUGUGUUUCUGCUACAGUCGUCCGUGACGCUACAGGAAACGUCUUGGACCGCCUUAACGAGACAACGUGUAAUGCAUCAGUGGCCUGUGACCUGGGCUGGAAUUUCACUUCCUGCGCAACGGAAACCUGCAAAUUUGGACUGAUGAACAACUUCCAGGUGAUGACCAUGGUGUCUGGGUUCGGCCCCCUCAUCAUUGCUGGGACUUUCUCAGCUACACUUUCCUCAGCCCUGGCCUCCCUCGUCAGCGCCCCCAAAGUCUUCCAGGCUCUGUGCAAGGACAACAUCUACAAGGCCCUCCACUUCUUCGCCAAAGGGUAUGGUAAAAACGAUGAACCGAUCCGUGGCUACAUCCUCACUUUCAUCAUUUCCGUGGCGUUCAUCCUCGUGGGUAACCUCAACACCAUCGCUCCCAUCAUUUCAAACUUCUUCCUGGCAUCGUACGCCCUCAUCAACUUCUCCUGCUUUCACGCAUCGUACGCCAAGUCUCCAGGCUGGAGACCUGCAUACAAAUUCUACAACAUGUGGCUGUCUCUGAUUGGUGCCAUUCUCUGCUGCGUGGUGAUGUUUGUUAUCAACUGGUGGGCCGCUCUCAUCACGUACGGCAUUGAAAUCCUCCUCUACAUUUAUGUCACUGUCAAGAAACCAGACGUGAACUGGGGUUCAUCCAAACAGGCUGUGACAUUCGUGAGCGCGGUGAGCAACGCUCUUUCUCUGACUGGUAUCGAGGAUCACGUCAAGAAUUUCAGACCUCAGAUCUUAGCGAUGACAGGUUCGCCCAAGAUCAGACCAGCUCUGCUGGACUUGGCUCACUCCCUGUCCAAAGACUUCGGUCUCUGCAUCACCUGUGAAGUCUUUGUGGGACCACGAUCAGAGGCCCUGGAGGACCUGAACUCCGGCAUGGAAAAGAACCAACUGUGGCUGAGGAAGAGCAAACGCAAGGCAUUUUACGCAGCUGUGGCCUGUGAUGAAUUCAGAGACGGAACGGAGAGUCUUCUGCAGGCUUCUGGUGUGGGCCGCAUGAAGCCCAAUAUUUUUAUGAUGGGCUUCAAGAAGAACUGGAGGACUGCAGGCAGAGAGUCCAUGCAGACCUAUGUGGGAAUACUGCAUGACGCGUUCGACUUUGAAUAUGGAACGGUGAUCCUGAGGGUCAGCGAAGGACUGGACGUGUCGCACAUCGUUGAAGCUGAAGAGGAGAUGCUGAAGGCCGCCAAGGAGCAGGAGGCCAUGGAGAGUGAAAUGAUGGCCAACGGAGGAAGAAGCAGAGGGAUCUUCAGGAAGUCCAGGAAGUCUUCUCAACAAGUUCUCGCCACCAGAGUGUCAGUGUGUGCCCCCCCGCCCCCGCAGGUCGUUAAGAGGAACGAGCAGCUUUUGGAGGCCAGCGCUCACUUCAAGAAGAAACAGCCUAAAGGCACCAUCGAUGUGUGGUGGCUGUUCGACGACGGAGGUCUGACUCUGCUGUUGCCCUACAUCCUCAGCACCAGGAAGAAGUGGAAAGACUGUAAACUGCGGAUCUUCAUUGCAGGGCAGCCUGAGCGCAGUGACCUGGACAAACAGGAGAUGGAGUCUUUGUUGCAGAAGUUCAGAAUAAACUGUACCGACGUGGUAGUAAUCGACGACAUCCACGUCAAACCCCGCCCCGACAGCCUGAAGCAGCUGGACGACAUGAUCGAGCCUUUCCGUCUACACGAAGGAUCCAAGGACAUGGCUGAGGCCGAGGCCAUGCAGAAGGACAGUCCCUGGAAAAUCACCGAUGAAGAACUGAUCAGCUUUGAGGAGAAGACUCAGCUCCAAGUACGACUCAAUGAGCUGCUGCAGGAACACUCCAAAUACGCCAACCUGGUUAUAGUGAGCAUGCCCAUCGCCCGUAAAGAGUCCGUGUCCGACUACCUCUACAUGGCGUGGCUGGACAUUCUCACCAGAAACCUCCCACCAACUCUGCUCAUCAGAGGGAACCACAAGAGCGUGCUCACCUUCUACUCCUAAGUGUCUAACGGCAGUGUUCUCCGAGGUUACCAGAUGGGCCAGAAUAGCAGUAACAUAAAACUGAUUUAUCUUCCGUACCCUGGAGAACGUCAACUCAACGGCCUUCAACAACAACAGUAAAGUCAAACAGAAUGUAGCAGCGUACAGGAGAACCUGCUCAUGUUCUCAGAUGAUCAGAGAAGAACAAUAUGGACAGGACACAAGUCUAAAAGUAAACGUUUUCAGCAGGUCUACUGAAUAUUAAUGUCUCAACUUAAGGUUUUUUUCCCAGAGUUGUACUGUACUGCACUGCAAGUGUCAGAAAUCAUCACAGUAUUGUAGGAAAAUGUAUUUUGAGGCAGAGAAGCACCUGUGGUGACUGUAAAAUAAUUUUUGUAAAUAGUAGAAUUCUGAAUUAACCUGUAGAUAUUUCCAUAACAAAAAUGUCAACAUGAUUGAGGGUUUAUGAACAACUAUGUGUUAUUUCUAAUGAUUGAUGGUAAUGAGGGGUUGAGGUUUUUUUUUAAUAUUCCACUAUGUUUGUUAAAUACACUGCUGUUAUAAAGCUGUUUACUUUUACACAUUAUAUUGUUUAAAGACUGUAACUUCACCACCAGCACACUAUUUGAAAGAAAGUGAUUUUUAACCACAAGAGAUUAUAAUAUAUAUUGUAUUCCUUUGUAAUUGAACAUGUAAUGGUGUCUUCUAAAAAUAUAUAUUAAUUAAAAAAAUGUAAAAAGUCAA